AUGACACUUGCUGAACAGGAGGAGCGUGAACUUCAGGAAGCAGUGGCUAUGUCAUUGAACCAGAACCUGGGCCAUCAAGAGAUGGGGAUCACCAGCUCAAAUCAAUCGAAUUUCGGCAAAGCCACGCGGGAUCACUAUGAUGAAGGCGCAUGGGCAAUGACUCUUUUCAAUUCGAGUGCGCAAGAGAUAAUCAUCAGCCCAGACCCAGCGGACCGCAGAAGAGUAGCAGAUGAACCGGCGUUCCUUCGCCCAUCCCAGGAUAAUCUGUACCUGGGUGGGCUGUUGACUAUUUUGCAUUCAAUCCCUUUGGCGCGGGAGGCUCUUCUUCUACGAAAUAAGGUCCUCCCGAAGUACGGUCAUGACCCGCAGUGGUGGAACGGCCAGCCGAUCAAUUUACCUAAAAUAGUCACAAUGCAAGAUGCGCAAGACGGUGACACGGCCUGGGACGACAUCCUUUACGAAACUCAAAGACUUGUUGCUUUUCUAGAUGCGACAAAUCGCGCAUUCGGUAGUGUCGAUGCUCUUUCAAGCCUGAAAAGUAUGGUAUCUUACGACUCCGAAAGCGGCAUCAGUCAAUUCUUGGAGAAAUGGCAGGAAGCCGCCGUCAGAGCGGACCCUGGAAACCAAUUGGCAACAGUGUUCUCGUCAAACGCAUUCAAAUGUCCCCUUUCAGUGUAUGACACGCCAAUCCAAAAAGAGUUCUUUAUCCUUGACCCGUUCGUGGAGCCCGAUCACGGUCAAACUCUCUACGAUGUGCUAGAUCGGACCAUCUGGUCCGACAGACCAGGGGAAGAGCUAGAUGACGUAUGGCUGGAACAUGUGGCUGAAGUUUUGAUGAUCAAAUUGGAUAGCUCUGACUCAGCGAAAUCUGUGGAUGUGAAGAUACCAGCGGUCUUCUACCCGGAUCGGUACCUCGCCACUUGCAAGGACCUAGCGCGUGAUUUCCGUGCGCGACGGCUUCAAGUUUACGAAGAGAUUAACAAGUUAGAGGCGUUGAUGAAUCGCUUCUCUGUCUCGAAAUCGGUCUUUCAUAGAGGGCUUGGAUCUAGGGAGAUACUAGAAAAAGCCGCUGUUGCUGCAUCUUUCACUUUGCCCAAGAGUCUUGCCAAUGGAAGAGGUGACUUGGCUUUGACACCGGAAGCAGCAAACGCCGAGGCGCAAAGAUUGGCCGCAGAGUUGAGAGAUCUCUCAAGCAAGAUCGAAGACAAGCUGAAAGGUAAGUGUACAAGUUUGGUUUCAUUGUAUAAGCUGACAAUGUACAUUGCAGAUUUGCAGAACAGGAGACAGAAAGCUGUUAAAACGCUUCGAAACUACUCCAAGUUCCUCACUGAACCUUCGGAAUCACCUACAGAGCCACCACAACAUCGGUACACGUUGCGCGGCGUGUGUACGGAGCCACAUAUUACUUAUGUCCUCAGACCCGUCACAUCCCACAACUCUGAGCAAGCGACAGAUCUACAGCCGAGCGCAGGAGAUCGGUGGCAAUGGUGGCGAAUAAGCUUCUCUACUGACGAUGCAAAGGCCCGACGAGCAGAGACCAAUCGAGAUGGGAAGGCUGCAGCAAGCGCGGCCGAUGUCGUGGGGUAUACUGCGCGCAAAGUUCGAGAGAUCGAAGUGCUUCACGCUGCUCGUGAAGAGUCCAAAAAUGUCCUUCUCGUCUAUGCAAAUUCUAACGCGAUAAGCGUUCAGGCUCAGCCGCUGCCAGCCGAACUUCAAACCUUUGUGGAUGUGGAUAAUCAAGCAUUCGAAGCGGAGUUUGAUGAAGCAGCCGUUGGAGAUUCUAUGGAGGGGCAAAUUUCAAAUGCAAACGCUGCCUCUGGUGAACUCGAGUCUCCGUCUCAUCUCGAGGGACAAGACCACCAACUGGCGACUUCUGAUCCGUCUGUCAGUAGAAAAGUGAACGUAUUCGACUAUGAGAUUCCGUCCUUCGAUGAUGAGAUGGAAUCUAGCCAGGAGAUGCAGGAAAGAGGUUACCCGCAGGAGUGGACGUUCGUCCAGCAGAGCAUAUCUUCAACUGAGGCAUCGCAUCAAAACCAGAUCUCGCGGAACGGAGUUACUGGCUGGUCGCGUUCUCUCCAAGAGCUAGUCAGGAGCACCCCUCCGCGGCGGAUCUCGCACGAUGUCACUGCUCAGGAUAGUUUCGCUACUACAGAGAUUCCGGAUAUCAUUUCAGCUUCACCUGAAGAGUUGACCUCUAUUGUGGUCGAAAACUACGUUCCAAAAGAUGAGCUUCCUUUUCUGUCCUACGAUUCGAAGAACAGUAGCUGCUCACGGGUCUGCGGCUCCUGGGUUGAGGUUCUCCCGCGACUUGCCAAUACCUCGAAUCAAAAAAGCAUAUUCUUCCUCUCACUGAAGGCGCUGGCUUUUACCAUUACUUUUCAUAGAUAUCCUCAGAAAGUCUCUAGUCUGGACGCUACAACGGCUUAUUCUGCGGCGAUUUGUGCAUUGAGAAGGCAGUUGGCGGCGGAAAGCCAGCCAUUCAAUGCAGAACUAGCCGCCUCAAUCAUGUGUUUGAGCUUAGCUGAGGUGAAAUACUUUAUUCCAGAAGGCUACCGGAUCGGUACUAAUCAGGAAGUUAUUCAUAUAUAG